AUAACUUUCUAGUCUCUUCAAGAAGCAAGGGGGCUCUAGAAAGAAUAUCUCCUUUUCAUUUGCUGGUAAAUGAAUAUCUGUAUAAAUCCUCUAGAUCUUAUCUCAUAAAUCAAAUAUUAAAUGCUUAAAUAUUACAAUUAGAUGUUAAAUAUUACAACUUCCUAUAUAAAACAUUUUACUUAGAGUUGAAAUAUCAAUAACAAUUAAAAAUUGCAAUUGUACUUUCGUUUUAAAAGUCAUCUAGUGUUCAAGUGUCUGUAUAUAUAACAGACAGAGGACAUCUAGCUUUGUAUAAGCAACUAAACAUUAUUUCUUUGAGAGGCAAAAAAAAAAAAAGAUGGCAAAUGUGGGGUGCCGACGAGUGGGAAUAGCGAUGGAUUACUCAGCAACAAGUAAAACAGCUCUUCGUUGGGCUGUGAAUAAUCUUCUUGGGGUCGGAGAUGAGAUCAUUAUCAUUCAUGUGGUGUCUCCAAAAAUUGAUCAUUCCUCUAAUAAGCAGCUGUUUGAAGACACUGGAUCACCUUUGGUGCCGCUGGAGGAGUUGAAGGAGCCGAACGUGCUAAAGAAAUAUGGACUCACUCAUGAUCCUGAGGUUCUUGAUAUCCUUGAUACUGUUUCCAGGACCAAAGGAGCAAAGGUGUUGGCAAAGAUAUACUGGGGGGAUCCGAGGGACAAGCUAUGUGAAGCUGUGGAACAUCUCAAGCUUGGUUCUCUUGUCAUCGGAAGCAGAGGUUUGGGUGCCCUCAAGAGGGUGUUGCUUGGAAGUGUAAGCAACUAUGUGGUUCAAAAUGCAACAUGCCCAGUGACAGUUGUGAAAGGCGCACCAGUGUCCAAGCACUGAUUCUCUGUAGCCGGAUUAGUAAAGCCUGUUAAAUUCAACAUUUCAUGAGUGUCUGUAUUUUCGUGCUUUGCAUUGUUGCUCAGGAUUUGUUUUGGUUUCGUACCAGUACCCUGAGUUGUCAACUUCUUCUGUGCUAAAUUUAUGAUGAACUCAGCUCUCAGCUAUUCUGAGUCUGUGACUCCAUGGCUCAUCAAUUUGAAAUCUUUUGGAUUGCAAUUUGCAGGCAUACAGUGAUUUUCAUUUUAUUACUAA